CCCCCGCCCCCGCCCCCGGCAGCACCGAGCCGCACAGUGUCGCCCAAGGUCUCCCCGCUCAUGAGGCACUCGAGACCGCCAUCCCCGAAGCGACCGCCAGCCCCCAAGACGCUCCCGUACGCCCCCAAGCACAGGAUCACGCCCCCGACAUCUGUCCUCGAACCCCUCACGAAGCAAGACAUCGAGUUCUUCAACAAUCUACGGGGGUCGCAUAGACUGGUCAAGAAGCGCAAGAGGAUCGAGGUUGACUUUGAAGAGCACGAGGACGAGGAGAGUAGACGGAAACGGAGCAAGGACGUCGGUCUCAUCGCAGGGCAUUAUAACGCGCGUCCGGACGUCGGACCCAAACAGCGUCUGCAGUCGCCUAUCAUUGGCCUGAAGGCGUUCAACAACUGGAUCAAAGCGGUCCUGAUCGGAAAGUUUGCGCAUCGAGCGCUGGAUGAAUCGCCAUGGGCAGGUGGGAGACACGGCCGUGGCAGAGGGGGCAAGGUACUGGACCUAGGGUGCGGGAAGGGCGGCGACCUGACCAAGUGGGCGAAAGCGCAUGUGGCGGAAUACGUCGGCAUAGACAUCGCCGCCGUAUCCAUCGACCAGGCGCGCUCCCGCCACGCAGGGAUGCACAACGCCUCCCGCUUCCCCGCCUUCUUCGCCGCGCUCGACUGCUACGCGCACCCGAUCUCGGACGUCCUGCCCCCGCACAUCCUCGCGCCGCCGCCCGGGCGCCCCAGCGAGCGGCCGAACGACGGGCCGGAGGUGUUCGACGUCGUGUCGAUGCAGUUCUGCAUGCACUACGCGUUCGAGUCGGAGGAGAAGGCGCGGACGAUGCUGGAUAACGUGAGCCGGUAUCUGAGGAGGGGCGGCGUGUUCAUCGGGACGAUACCGAACGCGGAAUGGAUGUUAAAGCGCUUGUUAUCCCUUCCUCCCGAUGCGCCCCCGCGAUUUGGUAACUCGGUCUAUACCAUCGAGUUCGACGACCGUCGACCAAAGGAGGAACGUCCGCUUUUUGGUGAUCGGUACUCGUUCUUCCUGACCGACGCAGUCGAGAACGUCCCAGAGUACGUGGUUGUCUGGGAGCACUUUCUCAGACUCGCCGGGGAAUACGGUCUCCGACCCGUGUACAAGAGGGAGUUCCACCAAGUCUUCCAGGAGCACAAGGAGCACCCUGAAUUCGGGCCCCUCAUGGUGCGGAUGAAAGUAAUGGACAGCAACGGGGAGAGCCACAUGGACGAAGAUCAGUGGGAAGCUGCUAACAUCUACAUCGCGUUCGCAUUUGAGAAGAGAUAGGGUUCGAUCUGGGUCCUCAGUCGUCGUUGUGUGUGUAACUUAUUCUGUUUUGCUCGGCAAUGCUGUCUUUUG